UUGGACCUCAGUCCCCCUCACCUCGUGGUGUUGCCGGUAUCUCACCCUCCCGUCGCCCGCCCUUGGAGUCGGGACGUUAAUUUAGUGAAAAAAUGUCGUGGUUAUUCGGAAUCAAAACCCAACCGCCCAUGGGGGAUGGGAACUUCCCUCCGCCUCCAGCUCCACCUGCGUCGGGGGGACAAAAUAAUGAUGGAGCCCAAAAUCAAGGACCAAAAAGUUCUCAAAUGGAGGCGUAUAGGUUCGAUUCGUCUGCCCUGGAAAGGGCAGCUCAAGCUGCUAAAGAGCUGGAGAAAUCAAGGCACUCUGGUGAAGCCUUGGAAUUGUCUAAACUUCAGGAAAAAACAAAACAGUCAGAAUAUGGAAUGAAAAUGAAAGAAUAUGAAGCUCACAUAGAGCAAAUGAAAGUAGAACAGAAAAAAGUAGAGGGGGAGGAAAGAAGAAAAACUAUCCAGGAAGAAACAAAACAGCACCAACAAAGAGAGCAGUAUCAUGAUCAGCUGUCACGAAAAAGGUAUGAUGACCAACUUAUGCAACAAACUCGGAUAAAUGAAGAAAACUUGAGGAAGCAGGAAGAAUCUGUGGCCAAACAGGAGGCCAUGAGGAAAGCUACCAUUGAAAAAGAACUAGAAAUGCGUCAUCAACUAGAAAUGAAAAAAUUAGAAGCAGAAAUGAGGGCAAAAGCAAAGGUUGAUCGAGAAAAUCAAGAUCUGACCCUUGAGCAAAUCCGUGUGAAGGCUGCAGAGAAACGCACCACAGUUCUUGAAUCAAUUAAAACUGCAGGAUCUGUUUUAGGCUCUGGAGCUCAUGCUUUGCUGACAGACUGGGAUAAAGUUUUAGCUGCAGCAGGAGGACUCUCCCUCCUAGCACUAGGUGUAUAUACUGCCAAGGGAACCACAUCUAUUGCGGCUCGUUACAUUGAGGCGAGACUUGGUAAACCAUCCCUCGUCAGAGAUACUUCACGCAUUACAGCCUUAGAUGUUGUACAGCAUCCAAUUCAAACUGCCAAAAAACUUAAAAAUAGAGAAAGUGAUGCUUUAGAAGGUGUUGUCCUUGAGCCACGUCUUGAAGAAAGGCUAAGGGAUAUUGCCAUAGCUACAAAGAAUACUAAACAAAAUCGGGGUAUGUACAGAAAUAUUCUUAUGUAUGGUCCUCCGGGAACAGGAAAAACUAUGUUUGCCAAGAAACUUGCUAUGCACUCUGGUAUGGACUAUGCUAUUGUUACUGGUGGUGAUGUUGCUCCUAUGGGAAGAGACGGUGUCACAGCAAUUCACAAGGUUUUCGAUUGGUCACAAACUUCAAGAAAAGGACUACUAUUGUUUAUUGAUGAAGCUGAUGCUUUCCUUCGUAAAAGAAGCAGUGAACAUAUUAGUGAGGAUCUACGAGCUGCUUUAAAUGCGUUCCUCUACAGGACAGGAGAGCAAAGUGAUAAGUUGAUGCUAGUGCUGGCAUCUAACACGCCAGAGCAGUUUGAUUGGGCUGUCAAUGACCGUUUGGAUGAAAUGGUGGAGUUUGAUUUGCCUGGACUUGAAGAACGUGAGCGGCUAAUGAGAUUGUACUUUGAGAAAUUUGUGCUUUCGCCUGCACUUGAGGGACAUAAGAGGCUGAAAGUUGCUCAAUUUGACUACAGUGACCUUUGUUCACGCAUGGCCACACUUACUGAGGGAUUGUCUGGCCGUGAAAUUUCCAAAUUGGGUGUGGCAUGGCAAGCAGCUGCUUAUGCAUCUGAUGAUGGUGUGCUUACUGAACAGAUGGUCUUAGACCGCUGUAAGGAUGCUAUUAGCCAACAUAGACAGAAGGUGGAAUGGCAGUCAGAUCAGGAACGCCAGGAGGCAAAAUCUAUUUUGGGAUCCUCCUCCUACCAUUCUGAAAAAGAUACUCAAUAUGUAAAUGUUCUAAACACAAAUAAUAGUGCUCAGGUCUCCGAGCCAAGAAUAACUGUUACUGAAGUAGAAGACAAUACACCACAAGACAAGCCAACUGUUGAAAAGAAAAAGAAACGUAGCAAGGAAUAAUUAUUCUAAAUGUGAUUUAUUGUUUCCUCGUCACUUCAUUACAAUUCUUUCUUCGAAAGUACUGCAUGAGGUGUAAUUAGAUAAGUUAUUCUCCUCCUGUACCUUUUGGUGACUAAGACCCUUUAGUUCAACAGGAGUUAUCACAAGCAUUUCUAAGAGGUCGUAUGCAGCCUUGGUAUUACUAGUCGUUCACAUUUGUUUCAGCUAUAAGCCAAUGGAAUAAUUUGUAUAGUUCUGUUCAAGCCAUUACUUUUCAUUGAAAGGAAAUGCAUAUGAUGCCACAUUCCCCAUAUGUAUCAUGUAGUUCAAACUAGCUGAUUUCAUAACUAACUGCUUGUUGGGUGUAUAUGUGGUCAUAUUGCAGACAUCACUCACUCAGUCAUCAGUUCUACAAAUUCAGAUGUAUAUUCUUCCGUUUAUGUACUUCCUCUAGUUUGCUGGUGCAUACAUUUAUAUAAACUGCAAACGUACAAAACUAAAUACUGGAUAUUGGCUAACCUUUCAGUUGGGGCCUAUGUUCCAAUUGAUUGCAGUGUUUCAUGUUUGGCUUUGGGCGGUAGAGAAUAUUUAUUUUUCAAUAGUGAAAUUUGUACAUGUCUGUGUUAUCACUCAUUUUUUGUUAUGAUGCACUAAUGAAUGUUAAACACUAUUUUUCUCUGCAGGAAGUGACAGUACUAUUUUCAUGUUUUAUUGUCAUAAGUGUUCUCAUGGAAUCAGGGUUACUUUUAGUGUGUGUUCCCUAUAUCCAUAUCCUCUUAAAGAAUGUUCCCAGCCACCAAGAAGUUAUUUUAGAAUGUUAUUUUCUAAGAAUUAGCAUAGAAUUGUGCUCAGUUUGUAGACUUUUAUUAGUGCCCAUUUUAGACCCUAGUGCAUUUUCUUGGAAAGUUGUUACCGGACUGAAAGAAUGAACUGAUGUCCUUGUUACUAUAAGAAAUCUCCUUUAACCCGCCUGUCCCCGGCUCUGAGCUGAGUUGUCUAGUUCGAUCCGCACUUUGUUGGUUUUCGACAACGUGCGUGGAGUCUGUUUGCUCUCCGUUGCGCUCAAUGUUUGAGGACUGUUGAAAGUUUAUAUGUAAUGUUCAUUAUAUCUGUUGAUGCCCUUAUCUUGUUGCAUAGUUUGAAUAAACACACUAAAGUGAAA